GUCAAUGUACUUGAACUCCAAAAUUUACACCAGCGAACGUACUGCUCUUUAUUUGUAAAGGUAAAGGGACGACUGAUUUCUUUGAUCGAACCUUUUAUUUUCUUUCAAACGUUUUUAAACUUUAAUUUCGACAGAGUGAGGGAAGCUAGUGAGUCAGAAUGCUCCUUGACAGUGGAAAACCUCAAUUCCAAUGGCGUGGCCACGAAACGGCGAACUUACAAGAGUAUUACAGCUGUCUUGGGUCGAGAUGAAUUUCGCGACAUCGCCAUACGAUGUAUUAGUCGUCAAUUUCCGUUGGGAAAGACUUUUCUCCUGAAAGAAUUGACCGUUCACAAACGGUUUUUACAAGAAGGGAAAGCGACGAUUAAACUUCUACCACAGAAGAUACAAAUCAUGUUUUCGAUUUCUCGAUGGGCUAUAAGAAAAGACCGCUGGAGGACAAGAACGGUGUGACACCGAAGUGAAUGAGAACUACAUGUUAUUAGAAAGGGAUUCGAGUUGUGGCAACCGGACGAGCACGACGAAGCGGCAAGAAAACGUCUCAGCUCCUUGAGUUCUUUUCAAAUUAACCGUAUACCAGAACAAAUGGCAGUAGUAAACGCCAUAAGAGCGAAAAGGAGUGUGCUUUUUACUGGUAGUGCCGGAACUGACAAGUCAUAUGUCUUGAAACGUUUCAUAACAAUGUUACCACCUCAGAAUACUUUUAUAACUGCUAGUACUGGAGCUGCAGCUUGUCAUAUUGGUGGGACUACGAUUUAUGCAUUUGCAGGUCACGCUUCUUACAGGUUACUAGAAGGAGGGGAAUAGAAAAGAAAAGACUUUUACGACAGAACUUUGGAGAAAAGUUUGUCAUCAGACUAGGGUAGAAAGUUGGAGUGAAUGCAGUGACACAACCAUUAAGCAUAAACAUGUCUUUAGUCAAGAAGAUCUACUCUUUAUCUCAGUUCCCCAAAAUGUGUGUGUUGGAAGGUGAUCCUGGCUAAGAACUUGAUUGUCUCCAAAGGACUGGUUAAUGGUGUUCGUGGAAUAAUCAAAGGAUUUGAUUUGGGAUCUGCUGGUCUGUUAAUUAUAAACUUACAGUAUCAUCCUCAGUGAAUGUCAUGUACACCCAUAUUUGAUGUGCAAGAAUCUAAUACUGUUUAGAAGGCGUUAAUGAACUUGUGCGCGUGCGACUCGCGUGCGCUUGCUAUGGGACUACGUAGGCUAAUAAUAUCGUAAGCAAAUCACGCGGAUCUUUUAAUUUUGACUUGUGCGAU